AUGAUCGAAGAAUUGAAAACAAAAACGAAUGGUCUAAAAAAGGCAGAGUUUCUGUAUAACUAGUACUACUAUAUGGCUGCAAGAAGAGAGUCUUUUUAAUCCUUUAGAGAAAAUAAGAAUUUUUCAUCCUUUUCAAUAAGAAGGAGCUUUUAGCCAUUGAAUAGUUAUAAUAAUAGCUACUAUUCAUAAGAAUAAUUAUAACUAUUAUGCAUGAAUAUAUGUAUCACCAUGGACGGUUAUACGGAAGAUCAAGGCUUAUACUUGAUGUGCAGGAAUGUAAAUCCGCAUAGGGGGCAUCCAAUAAAAUUAUUAAAGGAAAUCUUGGCUAUUCCUAUAAAUCUCAAUCUCUAAUUUUAUGAACUAGGAGUAUUUCCAUUUUUCAUUUGUACAUUAAAAUUAUGUAUAAUAUACCUAAACUUUUCUCUGUUACUUGCCUUCUUUUAAAUAUUGUUCCUAUUGCUGUCCACAAAGAAUACAUAUACCUUCCAUGAUACCCUUAUUAAUGUUUGUCAUUAUCUCAUCUUUUCUAGCCUAUAGUUUAACUCAUUAAAGAUCCUGAAAUUUUUAAAUAUUCCAAGUUAACUUUAAAUGAAUUCUUAAAACAAUUCCACAUCAAUUCUCUGGCACACAGUUUUUCAACCCCUUCGGAAAUAAAUAUUGUGGUACAAGACCAAUUUACUUAUUAGACUCCUAUAUCAACACUUAAGCCGAGCUGGGAGAUUUUCAAUUCUUUCAAUUUCUUGUUCUUCUUUCUACGGUUACUCAUCUUUUUAGUGA